AUGAGUGUAACAGUUGUUACAAUUCGAGCCCUGAUGACUGAUGGCCCCACAUCACCAGCCAAUAACACCACACCAUUGACUGAUGGCCCCACAUCACCAUCCGAUAGCACCACACUACAGACUGAUGGCCCCACACCACCAACUGAUAACACCACACCAUUGACUGAUGGCCCCACAUCACCAGCCGAUAACACCACACUACAGACUGAUGGCCCCACCCCACCAACCGAUAACACCACACCAUUGACUGAUGGCCCCACAUCACCAUCCGAUAACACCACACUACAGACUGAUGGCCCCACACCACCAACCGAUAACACCACACCAUUGACUGAUGGCCCCACAUCACCAUCCGAUAACACCACACUACAGACUGAUGGCCCCACACCACCAACCGAUAACACCACACCAUUGACUGAUGGCCCCACAUCACCAGCCGAUAACACCACACCACAGACUGAUGGCCCCACCCCACCAACCGAUAACACCACACCAUUGACUGGUGACACCACUCCACCAACUGGUAACCCCAUGUCACCAAAAGAGGACAACAUGCCGCUAACCAACAAAGUGUCAAAUGGUAAAAGCACCAAGUCAAAAAAAGGCUUUGUUGAAGUAAGUGGUGAUGGUGUCAUGGUCAUAUCCGCGAUGGAUCAGUGCAAUCAGGAGAUAGUUGUGUCAAGGAAGUUGACAGAUUCCUUAGAGAAGGAAAAGUCAAAUUUGAUGAUCAUGGAUGGUUUUGAGGCUUUGUGA